AUGGAGGUCACGACCGUCGAGGGUCUCGGCUCCACCCGCUCCGGCAAGCUGCACCCCGUGCAGGACAAGAUGGCCAAUCUCUUCGGCUCCCAAUGCGGCUUCUGCACGCCCGGCUUCGUGAUGUCGAUCCACAGCGCGCUGCAGAAGUUCCCCGCCCCUUCGCUCCACCAGCUCGAGAAGUCGAUCGACGGCAACCUGUGCCGCUGCACGGGCUACCGGCCCAUUGUCGACGCCCUCCGGAGUACAAGGGAAAGCAGUCUGAGACGCUGA